GAGUCAAAACUCAAGGAAAACUCUAUCUUCUUCCAAGCUUUUCUGGAAAAAAAAAAAAAAAGAAACAAAAAAAGGAGAAAAAACAGUCUCUGCACAGCAACUGACGUUUCUUUUUCUGAUAUGACAAUGCUAUCAAGCAACCAUUGUAAUUUGUGGCUAGGAAUUCAAAAUCAUCCUUCCAGAGGAAGAUUUAACCAGAUUAUAUGUCCAGGAUCUGGCCCAUAUAUUCCUUCUAGAGGUUCAUUUUUUUUCCAUGGUCAAUGUCUUGCUGGUAGUUCUCACCAAAGUGCCAGGAGAUGUAGGCCUAUUUUUUCAAGUACAGUGGACGAUGGUAUGGAUCCAGAUGAUUCAGAAGAUGGAAUUGACAAGAAACAACCUUCUAAUGGUGAAUUAGGAGGGGUUAAUAGUGAAAUGAUCAGAGAGAAUCUUGAAAGAAUUAUUGGCUCAGAUGAUUCUACCUUUAGCGGGUUAGACCUUGCAACUCUUAUUAGGAACAAGUAUGGGAGAUCCUAUGAUGUUCUACUAAUAAAGAAGGAGUUUAUGGGAAGAAAUCUACUUGCUUUAAAUGUCAUGUGGAAGUACAUGGAGCAGACUGUGUCAUGGUUUUCUGUGGCUGCUUGUAAAGACCUCAUCAUUACCCACUCUGGAUUUAAAUUCUGGAUGGUCUCAUGUGGGAUGCCUCAUGAUAUUACCUGCCCUGACAUUGGGCUUGUACAAUCUAGGUAAGAUGAAUGCUCUAUGACUAUAUCUUAUUUGAUAUUCGGAUUAAGUCCAGUCAUUUUUUAAUUGACAAGUGAAAGGUGAAUCUUAAUAAUGGACUACACCUAGAGGGGGGGUGAAUAGGUGUUGUUGAACUAAAAAAAUUUUCCCAACAAGGAUUACCUAGCCUUAUUUUUCAAUGUCUAUAAACUUCUCUUCCAACAACUUUUUAACAAAGUAUAAAAACCACAAGCAAGUAUGUAUGCACCAACACUCUCCCAACAAUUUAUAAAUGCAAUUCACAUGCAAAUGCUUCAACACUCCUCAAAAUUUAUUCAAAAGAACAAUUAUCACCUUAACUCAUUUCAAUUUACUACAAGAUAUCAUAAACCAAAAUAAACAGAAAAAUAAUUGAAGAUAUUCCAUGAAUAAUCACACUUAUUUCAGCUCAUAUAUCUUCCAUUCAACAUAUAUGCUUAAGUAUCCAAUGAAUCAAAAACUGAAAAUAAAUCAAAGAGUAGAGUGAGAGAGAGACAAUUGACUCUAUAUUUUAACGUGGAAAAUCUCCGAAGAGAUCAAAAACCAUGAGCCUACCACCGAUUGAAAACAUUCACUAUAAAGAAUAAAAACUGAAUACAAGGUUUUACCUAGCUCAAACCAACCAAUCCUUCCUGAACCACUUGACUAGUACCUUCACUUUCAGCUUCUCAACUUCUUCUUCCGGAGUACACUAGGAGUCCGCACCAAGCUCGAUCUCGACCUUUUCUUGAAUUCACACAAGAAGAAAAUGGGUUUUUGCACAAAACCAAGAGAAUGAGAGAUAAAUGUUUCAGAAAUCAAUCCAUGUUCAUUUUCAGAAAAUCCAUUAAAAAAAAAAUUUCUUUGAAAACUUGGAUGGGAUUUUCUUGGAGCAAGCAAGCUCAAAGAGAAAAGGGAAUGAGGAGCACAAGAAUGGCUGCUGCAGUCUCUCUUCUCCAGAAAUGGGAGAAAGUUCAUUUUAAAUGAAAAUGAAACCCUUAAUCCAAGGGCUGAAAAUUAAUCUUAAAGACAGGUUAGUUGGAUUGAUGUGCCCUUGCACCUAGAUCGAUCCAAAAAUAGGGGAACAAAAGCCUUUCAGCAAAAAUAUUUCUCCUCUUAACUCUUUUAAAGAUGAAAAACAGGGUUGGUUCACAUUCAAUCACCACAUACUUGGCUACAUACCUCGGCCUCUUAACAAGUCUUAAUCUUCAAAGGUAAAGUAGUCCAAAGAGGAAUUGGAAAACCGAGUUAGGGGACACUUAGGAAUUUUGUUCGGAAUUGCCAACCUAGCUAAACACUAACAACAAGGAAUAAAGAUUCCAAUGCAAAUCAACAGUCUAUUACUGUUGUGACGUCUGUAUGAAAACUGAUAAGAAAAGUUGUGAUGGUACUGCAUAUUUGGAAAAGAUGUUCAAGAAAAGUAGGAGAAGUUAGUGCUAUAAUUAUAUUAUGAGGUAGUCAGCUGUAGUUCUUAAAUUCAAGGCAGCUUAUAGAAACUAACUUCAGUUGAGGCAGCAGUUUUCAAUUUCUGACAGAUAAUUUGUUUUUGUCUUUUUUUUCCUGUUGAAAAAAGUCAUAUUUUUGUUCAUUAGCAACUACACCUCCUGCCUCUUUCACUCUAUUCUUUGUUUUUACUCGGAAAGGAUCCUGAAUUCCUAAUUGAAAAUCUAUAGGAUUAGUAUUCUGGUUACUGACAUGUUGCCAUGAAAUUUUCCCUGAUUCACUCAUGAAACUUACGCAUAUGUGCUUCUCAGAUUCCAUUGUAAGUCUGAAGAUGCCCACUUGUAUCCCAUUUAAAGCUUGUCUUAAUUAUUUUUCC